UCUCCACUUACAAAACCAAAACGCUGAAGAAGAAGAAGAAUAAGAAGAAGAAGGGGAGAGAGAGAGAGAGAGAGGGUAAUCAGUUCGCCGUCGAAGGGGAGUGACCUGAGAUCAUUACUGGAGAAUCACUAACCAUGUGGAGGAAAUUGCUCUUUUCGCAGCUCAGAGCCUUGAAAUCCUUUCCUUCAACAUCGGCGGCAGCAUCUGCUCCAUUGGGAUUCAUUUCCAGAGCCUCACGACUUACUGUAGCUGCUUCAUCUCAUGUUUUUCCGUCGCCACACGUUUCGUUCUACGCUCGUCAUUACGGCGUCGAGGCUGCUGAUGCUGGUUUGAAGAAGAAGGUUGAGGAUGUAAUGCCGAUUGCAACCGGACACGAGCGCGAAGAGCUCGAAGCUGCGCUUGAGGGACGAGACAUCCUCGAUAUAGACAACCCUGUUGGCCCUUUCGGCACUAAGGAAGAUCCUGCUGUUAUUAAGUCAUAUUAUGAUGAAAGAUUAGUUGGAUGCCCUGGAGGUGAAGGCGAGGAUGAGCAUGAUGUUGUCUGGUUUCGGCUGAAGAAAGGCGAGCCACAUGAAUGCCCCGUGUGCACACAGUAUUUUGUGCUGGAAGUGGUGGGACCUGGAGGAUCGCCAGAUGGUUAUGGAAAUGAUGAUGAUCACCAUCAUUGAUAGCAACCAUCUUUCUUUCCAGAAUAAACCACGAGUUUUAAUGAGAGAAGUUUCGAAAUUGCUUCAGUUUUCGUUUAAAGCUGUUGUGUCUCAUUUGCAGUUGGUUCAGCAACGAUGGGAAUCUGAGUUUUUUCCGUGUGUAGGCAAGUCUUCUGUUGGAAGAUACAUACAUAUCUCUUUUUAAACCUUCUUUCUAUGUAUUUCCAAAUAAUUGGAGGCUUCUUAAUUCUUUACCAUGACCAGAUGGCAGUACAAUAACUCACAACACCCUUUGAUCUUGGAAGAUAAUUUGAGAACUUAUAUUACAGAUCUUGUUUACACCAA